AUGCGUAAAAAAAAAAUAAUAUGCUACUUUUGCAUUUAUAGCAUUUUCAUCUUUGUGCUUGUAAAUUAUGACCAUGCAAGAUAUUUAUGGAAAAGAGGAGUUCUUUACAACUUCAAAGGAGGAGGUGAGAAGGACACAAUAUUUUCACCCAACUGUAGUGGCAGUUGCAGUGCAGAAGGUAUAGACAAGGGUGAGUAUAGAGAUGGGGAGUACUCGAUGAGCGGAAACAUAAGACAAAUGGUGUAUAAGUACAUGGUCCAUGUGUCCAGACACAUAAACAAAUACAUAUAUGAGUUGUACACCUACUUGUUUCAAGAACUGAGGAAGAGAAGGAGUGGCUUUGAUCAUUACCGUUACUGUUAUUGUAUCAAUGAGGGCAACUACAAUUGUAGUUGUAGCAAUGGAUGCAGAUGUAGCGGCAGUUGUUUCUGUAGUGGUAGCAGUAGUAAUUGUUGCAGUCAUCACUUCAACUCGUUUGAUAGAGAAAACAUACUAGAUAAAAAAUGCAGCACGCUGAGUCUCUUCAAGGGUAGGAAUAUUAGGAAGCUAGCAGUGGAAGACGGGAAUCCGGAGCUAGAACCAUAUGUGAAAAGAGAAGAGAAAAAUACAACUAUAGUGAACUUACAUGAUUAUUUCGCUGGAGGAGUAAAAAAGAACAAUGGUAAAAAUGAAAUAUUUGUAUCUUCACCAGAGAAAUUACAUAGAGUGGUUGUAAUAUGUAAUAAGCCAUCUUUAAAUUACUCUCAUAUUAUUACAAGACCCACUGAUGCUUUAAAUAAAAUGUUUCAAGAUGGUAAGGGGGAAAUAUUAACAGAAGAGGAAUACCCUGUUAUUUUUUAUGUAGAUGAAGCUAACUGGGGUUUAAAGAAUGAAUUAUCUAAAGGUAUGGUCGAAUUGAUAAUACCAUCUUAUUCUCGUAGGACAGGUACAAUUUUAAUAUCAUGUGCUAAUUAUGAAAUAGAUGAAACAUAUAAAUUUGAAGACUUAAUACAUAUUCGAAUAGUUGUACCAAGGAGUAGUAGCAAGAUAUUAGGAGUAAGUACAAACCCGAAAGAUAAAAAUUAUUUUGAGCAAAUUGUUGAUGAACAUAUAAAUGAUUAUAAUUUGGGUAGUUAUAAAAAUCGAGUGUUAGGGUUAAAAUUAGAAGAUACAGAAUUAGAUCCACAUGAUUGUUUUAAGUCUGUAUAUGAAAAUGAUAUAAGAGUACAUUUAGAAGUUGAGUAUCCUUAUGCAAAAUGUAUAAAGUUUGAUAGACCAAAUUAUAAGAUACGAUUUUUUUUUUUACCUUCAAAAUUUUCUGAUGAUGAAUUAGAAUUUACCUGUACCUUUACAUACAAAAAAAAAAAAAUGAAAGUAACAUUUGGUGAAGGAGAAACAACAACUAUUAAGGAAGUAGCAUACUUAGAAGAGGAUAAAGAAAAAUUUGAUUAUUUUAAUAGUAUACCUUACAAAAUUUGCAAUUUUGAAUAUAAUAAUACUGAUGAUGUUAUACACGUAUGUGAAAGAACAAUAAAUGAAUUUUCUCUUUUUGUAUACAACUGUGAAUUAGAUAAAAGUAAACAAGUAGGUACUGGCGAACCUAUUUCUACUAUCAAAUAUUUAAAUAACACUUAUACUAUUCAACAAUUUACAAAUAUUGCUUUGUAUACGGAUCAUAUAAAUAUAGAUGGAAUAAAAGACAAAUUUCCAAAUUUUAAAUUUUUUAUGACUUCGUAUAUUGAUCAUGGUCCUUAUCCACUAGUCAUUGAAUGUUCUAUACCUAAUGGACGUGGAAAGUAUCAGGAAGCAAAUAUAUUUUUGCAUGUAAGGACUGAUCUAAAAGAAAAAUCUUCCUUCUUCUGUGAUUUCAACAAAGGUAGUAUAUAUAACUAUUUAAAUGCAUAUCAACAGGGGGAUACAUGUGAAAUUACUGCUUCGUCAAAUACAAGUAUAGGUUUUAGAUGUCCACAGGAUACUGUUAAAAAACCAGAUACCUGUUUUAAAGAAGUAUAUUACUAUGGCAAAUUAUCUUCAUUAAGUAACGUUUUAGCUGAAAAUUUAAUUAUCUAUUCAUCUACUCAAGAAAAUAUAGCUCUAGCUGCUUUUAAUGAUACAUUAACAAGGUCAUACACAAUGGAAUGUUUUUGUGUAAGAAAAGAAGAUAGAAGUAAAAUUGUAAAGACUGUUAUUGUGAAAUAUAUUAAUCCAAAUGAAAUAUAUGAUUAUAAUAUACAUGAAAAAAUUAUACAUCCUCCGAUAAUUAUGAACCCAUAUAAGACACAUCUAUGUGAUUUUAUGACUAAUACAUCUAUAUUAAUACCUACUUUUAAAAAGCCCAAAAAUUAUUUGUGCGAUGUAUAUCCUAAUCCUUUAGAUUAUGUUGCUCUAAAGUGCCCUAGUAAUUUAGUAGAUGCAGAAAAUGAAAAAGAAAUAGCUAAUUUAUCAGAAAAAAUUGAUAAGGAAGGUGUUCGGGAUCAAAUGAGCCUACUUUUUAAAAAGAGAAAUAUAUAUACAAAUUUGUUUCAUGUACCUAAGGAUGCUCCCUCAUAUGUAAUAAAUAAAGACCUGCAAGAUGUUACACCUAUUACUAGUUUAAUACCUGGUGUUUUAGUUAAAGAUAUAAUAAAUAUAAAAAUAACAACCAUUAGAGAAGAAGAUGAGGAACGUGAUGAAUCAACUGAUCAUCCACCAACUAUUCCAGUAGAAGAUGUUAACAAAAUAUUCGAAAGGUACACUGGACUACGGAAUAGUGUACAGAAUGGAUUAUUCAUUUUUCAAUUACCUCCUUAUAUAAAAAAAGAUCAAAUCAUUGAAUUUAGUUGUAUUAAUGGGAAAACUGAAAAAAAAGGACUACGAGGAAACAAUGGUAUCAUGACUGUUUACAUACGAUCCUCAGGUGAAAUAAUAGAUGGAUGUUACUUUUAUAAAAAUCAUCCAGAAGUUAAUUACUUAAAAAAUAGUAUAAAAGCUGGUUCAGGUAAAGAAUGUAUUAUUCAAAGUGAUGGGGAAAUCGAAUAUAUUGGAGUUAUGUGUUCUUCUUAUGGUAAUCUUUUUUUAACACCUUCAGAUUGUUUCUCUCAUAUGUAUGACUCGUCAGAUGUACUUAUACCAUUAACAGAUAAGGAUAAAGAUUUCAAAGUUUUUUCUAAUGAUAAAGGUAUAUCCUAUUUAAAAAUACCCCAGAGUUUUUUAGGGCAUCUAAGUUUGUUCUGUUAUUGUAACAGUACAGUACAAACAGGUGGAACGAAUAUAGUUAAAGAGAACAAAAUACAUAUAGAACUUAACACAUCAAAUAAGGGAGUAUCUACUAUUACCAAAAUUGAUCAUUUGUACGAGUCAGAUUUUUUAAUUGGUCAUGAGUAUAUUGAUAGAAAACCUACUCCUAUUCUAAGGAGGAAACAUAUCUGCGAUUUUACAAAAAAAGAAAGCUCACUUAGUCCUACAAGCGAACAGCUAAGCAUUAACACUUGUUUUGUAGAAUUAGAAGAUAACCUAAAUAUUGUAGAAGUGAAGUGCCCACCUAAUACUAUAUCUGAUAGUGCUAGUGCACUAGGAAGUGAUAGAGGAAGAAUAAUAAAGGACAGAAUGCAAGCACUUGCUUCUCAAAGGACAGGAUUUUAUACUCCAUCAAGCGGCUUUACCUAUUCCGAAGAAAGGAUCACAAAGGAAGAGUUAAAGAAAUAUGAAAAAAUGAAAUAUAUCCCAGAUAAUUAUGAUGAAAUAAUACAUAUGAAUAGUAAAAAAAAGCUAGAGGAUGUAUUACCUGGUGUAAUAAUUUUCGAUCGAAACAGACUCUUUGCAGAAAAAGGAUAUUUCACUUUUGCUUCUUCCCUUAUUGUUAAAAAGGAUAUAACGAUAAAACUAUACUGUGAUAACUCACACACUGUUAUAGAAAAUAAAAAAGGAAAAAAAGGAAUUACUGUUGUAAAGAUAAUGAAAAAUAUAACAGAUAAAACAUUCUAUGGAUGUGACUUCUCUGGUAAUGCAAAAAAGACUUUCUAUUACUCUGGUACAUACAAUUUGAAAGAGAAAAGUCAUACAUGUGAAAUUGAAUUAAAAGAAAAUAGUAUUAUUAGUCUGAAUUGUCCUAAUGGAAAAAUUAAUCCGAGUAACUGUUUCAGCAAUGUAUAUAUUAAAAGUAGCAUGGAUCAAGAAAUUACUGAAAACAUUGAAAAUAUUUUCAAUCAUAUUAAAGUAAUAAAUACUAGUUAUUUAAUAAAUAGUUCUUCUACCUUUUUAAUUAUUUCUAAAAUUACCAAAAAUGAAAUAGAUUUCUAUUGCACUUGUGAAGAUAUUCAAAGCAAACAUGUUGGUACGAUUUAUAUUAAAAAUCUACAACGUUCAUCUACUUCGAAGAAACAUGAUGCAGCACAAAUUGUUUAUAUAGAUGUUACUCCGUACUACUUGAGGGAUACAUACAUAUGCGAUUUUACUGAGCAUCAUUAUUCCAUUGCUUUAAAUAAUACGGAAAAAAAAAAAAUUAAAAAAAAAAAUAUCGAUUUUGAAAAAUUACUUGAGUCUUAUCUAGAUCUAAUUUUAAACCAAGAAUAUAAAGAAUUUACCCAUUUUAGCUUGAACCUAAAAUUAAGAAAAGAACAUAUGAAAGAACAGUAUGUGAAUUAUGUAAAGAAAAAAAUAAAUGAUUUUAAAGAAAAUCCUAUCGAUAUGGAAACAUACACAAAUUAUAUCAUCGUCUAUAGAUGUAAUGUCGAUUUAAGUGCAUUCGAUAAAUUUGCCAUUAUAUGUCCAAAAAAGACUACAACAUCAUCAUCUGGUGAAGUAAAAUUUAAUUUUGAAAAUUUAAAAUAUACAUCUAACUUAGGAUUAGAUGAAAAUAGUAUGUUAGAAGGACUAAAUAAUAUUCUGUUUGGUACUCUACUAAUUAAUAAAAAAAGAAAUGUUUCUUUCUUUGAAAAGGGAGAAAUAGAACUUAUCAUUUCCCCCUAUGCUGAUUCAUCAAAAAAUAUUAUUUUUUCAUGUGAAAAUUUAGAACAAAAUUCUUCUAAAGGGAUAAUAGGUUCUGCAUCUAUUUUUAUUAAAAAGAGUGAUACCAAAAUUUUGGGAUGCGAUUUUCAAGAUGUCCAUUAUACAACUACAACUAGCUCUUACCCUACAUCGACAUAUGACCCAGCAGCACGUUAUAAAAAAAAUAAAAAAAAAGACUCUUUCGAAUUUGAAAUAGAAUUAAUAGAAGGGAAGAAAAUAUAUUGUAAUAUAGAAGCUAUACAAAAUGAUGUAGUUGGGUUCAGUUGUCCUUAUAAUUUCCUUACAUCUCCACAAAACUGCUUCGAGUCAGUGCAAAUAGAAGGAUUGGAUAAAGAACUAGAAACACAUAAACUAGAAACAUUAGUCAGUGGGGUCAAAGUUUUAAAUAAUGAAAUAUACGACUAUAAUUAUACCCCUUCUUAUAUUAUUAUACCGAAAAAGGUCCAAAAAUCACUGAAAAUAUUUUGUACUUGUAAUUCUGUUAAUCUUAUUAAGACAGGUAUAAUUCAAAUAAAUAUUAUUGGAGAUGAUUUAAAUAACUGGUUUAAAAAAGAAAUAAAUCAUAAUAUAUAUGCAUUCCAAAAGAUGAGUUAUUUUUAUGAUUUCUCUUCUGGUGCUCUUAACAUUAGUUCGGAAAAUGUUCUCAACAUUUCGACGUUAUCACUACAGUCUCAUAGGGGUAUGCUCAACAUGCAAGAGAUAACAAAUGAGCAUGUAACAGAUGAGAUUAAAAAAAGGAGCAAAAUUAACCUCAUUCCGAAUUAUCCAUCCUAUGAUAGGGAUUAUAUUACAAAUGGGUCUUAUAAUUAUCACACCCUCAAGGGGAAAGAACAAGGAGGUGUUUAUACUGGUGCUCUGAACAAAGGCAUGAUUCUACAAGAAAGAGCACUAGAGGGUGCAGAAGAAGAAGAAGAAGAAGAAGAGGACAGGGAAGGAUCACUGGACGCAGUAAGGGGGCAAGGAGAAGAAAACAUUUUGAACCCGUUAAGAACUAAACACGUAUUUGAAAUUACCAUUGCUGCAUCAGAGUUUAGCAUCAUUAAAGUCGUUUGCCCACUGCGAAAUGCUCUACAAUUCAGACAAUCGAAAAUUAGCCCCGAAAAUUUUUUUGAACAUGUAUACGUUUUAGAGGAUAAGCAUAAGAAGAAAAGAAAAAGAAGCUAUGCGGAAAAUGAAAAAUUUAUUACAGAGUUAGUGCAAGGGGGAGGAGAUGUAUCUAAAGCAUCAGUGGAGGAUAGAAGCAAUAUAGGUAGCAAAUCACGUAAUACAGAAGAACCUGAAGAAAUCAAAGGAGAAACAAAAGUAGAGUACGAUGAAAUGGGGAAUAAAAUUAUUACUUCUGUUACAUCGAAAAAACCGAAAGCAACACUUGAAGAUGCAGAAAAAUUAUAUGAAGAAUCAGAUAUGGACAAUAGAGAUAUUCUAAUUAUAAAAAGCAUUGAAGAAGUUAUUUCUUUUGUUAAUUAUGAAAGAGAAAUUGGCGAUAAUACUUAUAGUGGAAUAUUAUAUCUUUCACCUCUUCUCCUAAAUGAAGCUAGCUUUUUUAUAACCUGUGAUAACUCAUUAACAUUAAAUGAAAGUAAAAGAGGAAAAACUGGAAUUGUAAAAAUUAAUGUUAAUCCAAACUUUUUAAAAAUGCAUGGAUGUGACUUUGUAGGCGAUUAUUCUACUCAUUUUUAUUUUAGUGCAAAAUGGAAUAGUUUACCAAAAGAUUAUGUAUGUGAAAUUAAAGUUGAAGAUGACUCUAUUGUGGGUUUAGCAUGUCCAGCACAUACAAAAAUGCAUCCUUCAGAUUGUUUCCAAAGUGUUAUUAAAGAUGAUGAAGUUUACAAAAAGGAAAUGCUUAUCGAAGAAAAAUAUUCCUUCUUCUACAAAAAAAAUAAUAAACCUUUAUUGUCUUUUAUUCAAAUUAAACAAGUAUACUCUGACCAUUUUAUUUGUAAAUGUUAUGAAAAUGAAAAUGGACAAUCCAAAGAAGUAACCAUAAAGGUGUUGUAUGAACCCUACACUAUGGGGAGACCAAAAAAUUUCUUUCAAAAAGCGAUUAUAAAGUAUAAAAAUUUUGACUUGCACACAUUGCUUAAUAAGUGA